CCUCAUCUGUUCGGCCGCUUUGCGCCGAGGAGGAGUAGGAGGAGGAGGAGACGAAAAAGGAUUCUUAAAACUUGAGCUGAGGCUGCAGCACUUUUAAAAACGCCGUUCCCUCUCCGAGACCUCCGACGCGACUUAACUGGAUCAGGCUUCCAUUCACUGAAAGAGCGCGCGGGGAUUGUCUUUAUUUUGUAAACGACGCGCCAGACCGCGUGGUGAUUAUUUAGUUGUUGUUUUUUUUAAUAUUCAUAGCCAUACGAGAACGAAUGUCCUGAGCACGCAUCGGGGUUGCGUUUCACGACUGUUCGGGACUUCUCUCCAAGCAGGCUGCUUCAGCAUCUCAUCUCCCGUAGACUCGUUGACACGUCCUUACAGACGAGAUCUUUUUUUGUGUGUGGGGACGAGUGUAUUCACAGUAGGGCUGUCUCCAGUUACCGAGGUGGUGUGGACUGACAUUUUAAAGAGAAGAAGACGAGUUCUCAGAUGCAAAAGUACAUGUAUGAGAAGGCAAUGGCACCAGAAACUAGAAACGGCGGAACGUCAACGUUAAAUAACAACACUGGCAUCGGCAGCAAGAAGAGGAAACUUUUAAUAGCUCUAGAUAUCUUCUGCCUUUUCCUGGUCAUGUUGCCCUCCAUGGUGUUGCACAAGUCCACGGUGCAGCCGUACCAGCGCGGCUUCUACUGCGCGGACGACAGCAUCCGCUAUGCCUAUAAGAAGAGCACUGUGCCCUCCCCCAUUCUCAUGGCCGUGGGCCUCCUGCUGCCGCUCGCCAGUAUUGUCAUAAUUGAGUGCUAUCGGAUCCGUUGCCUGCAGCAGGGCUCCCAGUCCUUCAUGGGGAGCCCCUACGUCUCCGCCCUCUACCGACAGGUGGGCGUGUUCAUUUUCGGCUGCGCCAUCAGCCAGUCGUUCACGGACAUUGCCAAGGUGUCAGUGGGACGCCUGAGGCCUCACUUUCUGGAUGUGUGCAAGCCAGACUAUUCACUGAUCAACUGCUCUGCCGGCUAUAUCAUCGACUACGUGUGCAACGGAGAUGCCAGCAAAGUGCAGGAGGCGAGGAAAUCUUUCUUCUCUGGACAUGCCUCAUUUUCAAUGUUCACCAUGCUAUAUCUAGCACUUUACCUGCAGUCUCGGUUUACAUGGCGGGGAGCUCGUCUUCUCAGACCCCUGCUCCAGUUCACCCUCCUGAUGAUGGCUUUUUACACCGGCCUGUCUCGCGUCUCCGACCACAAGCACCACCCCACCGACGUCCUCGCUGGCUUUGCGCAGGGCGCCUUGGUGGCUUACUGCAUAGUCUUCUACGUGUCUGAUUUGUUUAAGCCCAAAAUCAGAGCUGCCAUUCCCGCAACCUCGCCCAUCAAGAAGGAGCUCCUCCCUCCUGCUGACAUCAUAGAGAGGAACAACCACCACAACAUGGUGUGAGAAGAGGAGACGUCUGUCUCCUCCGAAGAGCCUAAACCGCCACCUGUGACGGGGGGGGAGGGGGGUAGCAGAGUUAGCUGUUAACUCUCUCUUUCACUCAUCUGACAGUAGAAUGUAGGGCGCAGAGAUCCUUUACUGUUGAGACUUUUGAUUUGAUUUGAUUUUUUUUUUUUUUUUUACUGUCUCCAACGUCGACAUUCUUCAUUUAAGCCCAAUUCACACACAAACGGAAGCUAAACAUACACGCAUCAUGGAACUAAUCAUUAGGAGCUCGUUCACAAAAAACAGUGUGGACCCGGACCUCGCUUUGCUGGGCACUAAAUGGAGCUUUGACCUGAGAAAGAGAGUCACACCAAUACCAUGUGGCAAAAAAACAAACAAACCCAAAAACAAAGUGAAAUGUAUUAGUGAAGGGACAGACAGAUGAAUGAUUCAGUGAAAGACAGCAAAACAAAGAAUAGUGUGACUAUAAGACUGGCCAUGUGAUCAGUAUCUCUCUCUCUCUCUCGUCUCUUGAGUAUAGGUCAACAAAUUCCUUAGUAAUAGGAAUGAUAUUUUUACCUGCAAUGUUACUAGCACAGAAAUAUUAACAAUAUAAAAAAAAAAAAGAAUAACUUAUAGCACUAUAUCCGAGUUCAUUGUAAAUUGUCACCACUUGCUAUCUGAGAGGCAUAGCCCUGAAGGAUCUGGAUGCUUAGUGUGUGGUAGACUGAAAUCUGGACUUUUAUGCUGUGGUGUGCGGUGUUCCCAUGCAUCCACGGGGAUAACACCCACGCCAGGAUGAAAGGUAGACCCCCCUGAAGACUAGAGCCAGCGCGGCUCUGAGCUGCCCACGCCGAGACCUCGCUCCGACGGACAGCGCAUUCCACAGGGGUCUGCUGCAGGCCGGGUGGAAGAACUGGAGAAAGAAGGAAAACGAAGUCAAAUUUGAUCUUUUCAAUGGCGAAUUCAAGAUGGCCACCACCCAUCAGCAGCACAGUCGCAAGAGCGCGGCAAAGCCGCCUGCAUGUGCGUCGUGUCCGGUGGGGGGGCGGGGCCAAGGAGCAUCGUACGGGGCAGCCGUGGCGGGUCGGGUCACCGGGGCCAUGGGGGUCCAGUUCCAUCGAGCGCACCGGCUUGGCACAUUAAUUUCGGAUGGGUGAAGGAGCCCCUUCCGCUGGCUGGUCCAGACUCUUCUCCCUUCUAAACACGUAAUCACUCAAAAGCAUCGGUGCCAUCCGGACCCCCGGCCUCGGUGCUGAUAACAUGCCGAGCCCACGGCUCACCCCAGCGUGCUCGGGUUGGGGUAGGAGAUGUGGGGUCCCACCGCAAUUACUCAGUGCCACAUUUUAGCUCGUGUGUGGAAGUGUGUGUGUGCGUGCGUGUGUGUGUGUGCGUGUCAUGUUUCUGCACCUGGUCCUUGACUCUGUGCAGAUGACUAUUACCAUGUGAAGAAAAAGAAAGAAAACUGUGGAUUUUGUUUCUCUUUAAAAAGCCUCUCGUUGGCCCUUUCUUCUCCAUGUAAUGUCUACUGUCCUCAUUAACAACUGUACGGAUUGUUUUGCAGUACUUAGUAUACACAGACUUGUACACGGUAUCUACACAAACUCCAUGUUGCACAUCCCUCACAUUGUAUAGUCUGUCCUAUAUUUUUAGCAACCCAUUUUUGAGUUUUCAUUUUAAAUAUAUAAAUAAUGUAUAGAUCACUAAAAUGAACUAUGUAAAAUAUUAUUUCAGAAUAUUUUUAGAUAUAUCCACUAUGAAUUAAAAAAUGUGUCAUGACCUGUGUUAUUUACAAAUUGCUGCUUCAACAAGCAUUGAUUCAGUUUUUUUGUAUUUUAGAUAACUAAAAUAUUGUAGAUUUGUAAUAGUGAGUUUUUAAUAAGCAUUGAAAAAAAUACACCUACAAAUGUAUCAAAAUUCACUAUUAGUAUUUUUGUAUUUUCUCAUUUUGUACAAAAGAAAUAAUAACAAAUGUUUUUUUUCUGCUAAAUGUACCUAGCGCUAAUACAAGUGCUUUUAAAUAAAAAAGCCCAUUCUGAAUAAAAAUAAAUAUAUAUUGUA